AGUUGUCAACACUAUUUUUCAACUGCAGCCAACCUACUUCGUUCUUCGAGACACUCAUAGCUUCGAGCUGUCUUCCUCAUCACUAUCUCACCUCGGUCGUUCACUGCCAGUCUCUCUCACGCAAGGAUCGACUCAGUACCGCCAACAUGGAAUCAUCACGCGGCCCUCCGCGGGUCAAGAACAAGGCGGCCGCGCCUGUUCAGAUCUCGGCCGAACAGCUUCUUCGCGAGGCUGUAGAUCGCCAAGAGACGUCUCUGCAGGCACCAACGCAACGCUUUGCUGAUUUGGAGGAAUUGCAUGAGUUUCAGGGGAGGAAGCGCAAGGAGUUCGAAGACUAUGUGCGCCGCAACCGCGUCAACAUGAACAACUGGAUGCGCUAUGCACAAUGGGAAUUGGAACAGAAAGAAUACAAGCGGGCACGGUCUAUUUUCGAGCGAGCUCUCGACGUUGACUCGACUUCGGUUGUGCUAUGGAUCCGCUACAUCGAGUCCGAGAUGAAGAGUAGGAACAUAGCCCACGCACGCAACCUCCUCGACCGUGCCGUUUCCAUCCUGCCGAGAGUGGACAAGCUCUGGUACAAAUAUGUCUACAUGGAGGAGAUGCUGGGAAACAUUCCCGGCACACGUCAGGUCUUUGAGAGGUGGGUGGAGUGGAGGCCAGAUGAGGCUGCCUGGAGUGCCUACAUCAAACUCGAGAAGCGGUAUGGCGAAUUUCAAAGAGCUCGUGAGAUCUUUGAACGUUUCACCAUCAUUCAUCCCGAACCCAGGAAUUGGAUUAAAUGGGCUAAAUUCGAAGAAGAAUUCGGUACUAGCGACUUGGUCAGAGAAGUAUUCGGCGCUGCUGUCGAGGCACUGGGCGACGAGUUUGUUGAUGAAAGACUGUUCAUUGCCUAUGCUAGGUUCGAGGCCAAGCUUAAGGAGUACGAACGAGCUCGGGCUAUAUACAAAUAUGCCCUCGACCGCCUCCCGCGGUCCAAGUCCAUGCUGCUACACAAGGCAUAUACUACUUUCGAGAAACAAUUUGGUGAUAGGGAGGGUGUUGAGGACGUGGUCUUGUCGAAACGAAGAAGGCUAUACGAGGAUCAAGUAAAGGAGAACCCGAAGAAUUACGACAUAUGGUUCGAUUACGCACGCUUGGAAGAGACGUCAAGCGAUAUAGACCGAGUCAGGGAUGUGUACGAAAGAGCAGUUGCGCAGAUCCCUCCCACUCAAGAAAAAAGACAUUGGCGACGGUACAUUUACUUGUGGGUAUUUUAUGCUAUAUGGGAGGAGAUGGAAGCCAAGGAUAUCGACAGGGCCCGUCAGAUUUACAAGUUGUGCCUGAACUUGAUACCACAUAAAAAGUUUACGUUCGCCAAAAUAUGGCUGAUGAAGGCACACUUCGAGAUUCGGCAGGGCGAGCUGACCGCUGCGCGCAAAACAUUGGGCCAGGCGAUCGGCAUGUGUCCCAAGGACAAGCUCUUCAAGGGCUAUAUUGAGCUGGAGAUGAAGCUGUAUGAGUUCGUACGAUGCCGUACGCUAUUCGAAAAGCACAUCGAAUGGAACCCUGCAAAUUGCCAGACAUGGAUCAAGUUUGCGGAACUCGAACAGAGCCUUGAUGACUUGGAAAGGGCGCGGGCAAUUUAUGAAUUUGCAAUCGGCCAGGAAGUCCUGGACAUGCCGGAGUUGUUGUGGAAAGCAUAUAUCGACUUCGAGGAGGGCGAGGGCGAAUACGACAAGACGCGAAAUCUAUACGAAAGGCUGCUGGAGAAGACGGACCACGUCAAGGUGUGGAUCAGUUACGCACACUUUGAGCUCAAUGAGCCCGACGAGGUCGAAGAGACUGCAAAUGGAGAUUCUGGAGAGCAACCCAAGAGUGAAGCGGCCAAGGACCGGGCAAGGAGGGUAUUCGAGCGUGCUCACAACAGCAUGAAGGAGAGGGAUCUUAAGGAAGAGAGAGUAUCUUUACUGAAUUCUUGGUUGGCAUUCGAGCGUGCAUACGGGUCCACAGAGGACGUUGAAAAGCUGCGCAAGCAGAUGCCGCGGAAGACGAAGCGCAGGCGCAAACUGGAAGAUGACACUUUCGAGGAGUACAUCGACUACGUAUUCCCGGCUGACGACGAGCAGAAGCAGGAUCUCUCGAAUAUGCUCGCCAUGGCCCAGGCCUGGAAGCAAGGUGGCGGGAAUGUCGGAGGGACGAGUUGAGCCGAAGAAGUCGUGCUACCACAACCAGUGUAGAAUACAUUCAAAUCGAUGUAACAAUAGAAGGCGACCCGCCAUACAUGUAAUUAGCGGCCAUUACGAUAUCCAAAGGUUAUGGGAGCCGUUGUUUCAUCCAAGCGACUGACGGCAUUAUGACUAAAAUGUAUGCCAACGUCCAAUUUGAGACAAAAAAGACUUUUUGGAGUCAAACUAG